CGGCGGCAGCGGCGGGCGCUUCCGCUUCGCGGGCCUCGGCCCCGGAGCGAGCGGCCCCGCGAUGUGGCUAGGCCCGGAGGAGGUGCUGGUGGCCAACGCGCUGUGGGUGACGGAGCGGGCCAACCCCUUCUUUGUGCUGCAGCGGCGCCGUGGCCACGGCAAGGGCGGCGGCCUCACGGGUCUCCUCGUGGGCACCCUGGACGUGGUGCUGGACUCCAGUGCCCGUGUGGCCCCUUACCGCAUCCUGCACCAGACCCAGGACUCGCAGGUCUACUGGACGGUGGCGUGCGGUUCUUCCCGCAAAGAGAUCACAAAACACUGGGAAUGGCUGGAAACCAACUUGCUUCAGACACUGUCCAUCUUUGACAGCGAAGAGGAUAUUACCACGUUCGUUAAGGGCAAGAUCCAUGGCAUCAUUGCAGAAGAGAACAAGAACCUGCAACCCCAGGGAGAUGAGGACCCUGGAAAGUUCAAAGAGGCAGAGCUGAAGAUGAGGAAGCAGUUCGGGAUGCCGGAGGGCGAGAAGCUGGUCAACUACUACUCCUGCAGCUACUGGAAGGGCCGCGUGCCCAGGCAGGGCUGGCUCUACCUGACCGUCAACCACCUGUGCUUCUACUCCUUCCUGCUGGGAAAAGAAGUGAGCCUCGUGGUUCAGUGGGUGGACGUCAUUCGGCUAGAGAAGAAUGCCACUCUGCUCUUCCCUGAGAGCAUCCGUGUGGACACCCGCGACCGGGAGCUCUUCUUCUCCAUGUUCCUCAACAUCGGCGAGACCUUCAAGCUCAUGGAACAACUGGCCAACCUGGCCAUGCGGCAGCUGCUAGACAGCGAGGGCUUCCUGGAGGACAAGGCCCUGCCCAGGCCCAUCCGGCCACACAGGAACAUCUCAGCUCUGAAGCGAGACCUGGAUGCCCGCGCCAAGAAUGAGUGCUACAGAGCCACAUUCCGGCUACCCCAAGAUGAGCGGUUGGACGGCCACACGGGCUGCACCCUGUGGACGCCAUUCAACAAGCUGCACAUCCCUGGGCAGAUGUUCAUCUCCAACAACUACAUCUGCUUUGCCAGCAAGGAGGAGGACGCGUGCCACCUCAUCAUACCCCUGAGGGAGGUGACCAUUGUUGAGAAAGCGGACAGCUCCAGCGUCCUGCCCAGCCCUCUGUCCAUCAGCACCAAGAGCAAAAUGACCUUCCUGUUUGCCAACCUGAAAGACCGUGACUUCUUAGUUCAGAGGAUCUCCGACUUCCUCCAGAAAACACCAUCCAAGCAGCCGGGCAGCAGCAUCGGAGGGAGGAAAUCCAGUGUUGUGGAUCCUCCCCCAGAGUCUCUCCCAGCUCCUCAGGAAGUGUCAGAACUGCCCACCAGCCCGUCCUCUCCCCUCGGCAGCCAGCCAAGCGUCAGUGCUCAGGAAGUGCCAACUGCUUCCCAGGGCCUGCUGAAAGUCUUCCAGAAGAACUCACCCAUGGAGGACCUUGGAGCCAAGGGGGCCAAGGAGAAGAUGAAAGAGGAAUCAUGGAACAUCCACUUCUUCGAGUACGGGCGUGGCAUGUGCAUGUACCGCACGGCCAAAACGCGGGAGCUGGUCCUGAAGGGCAUCCCUGAGAGUCUCCGAGGAGAGCUUUGGCUCCUCUUCUCUGGGGCCUGGAACGAGAUGGUGACCCAUCCCGGCUACUACGCUGAGCUGGUGGAGAAGUCCACUGGGAAGUACAGCCUGGCCACGGAGGAGAUCGAGCGCGACCUCCAUCGCUCCAUGCCCGAGCACCCUGCCUUCCAGAACGAGCUGGGCAUCGCCGCCCUCCGGCGGGUUCUCACCGCCUAUGCUUUCCGAAACCCCACCAUCGGCUAUUGCCAGGCGAUGAACAUCGUGACCUCAGUGCUCCUGCUCUACGGCAGUGAGGAGGAAGCCUUCUGGCUGCUGGUGGCCCUCUGCGAGCGCAUGCUGCCCGACUACUACAACACCAGAGUGGUGGGAGCCCUGGUGGACCAAGGCAUCUUUGAAGAGCUCACCAGAGACCUCCUGCCCCGGCUGUCCGAGAAGAUGCAGGAUCUGGGGGUGAUCUCCAGCAUCUCGCUCUCCUGGUUCCUGACCCUCUUCCUCAGCGUCAUGCCCUUCGAGAGCGCCGUGGUCAUCGUCGACUGCUUCUUCUACGAGGGCAUCAAGGUGAUCCUGCAGGUGGCCUUGGCCGUGCUGGACGCCAACAUGGAGCAGCUGCUGGGCUGCAGUGACGAGGGCGAGGCCAUGACUGUGCUGGGCAGGUACCUGGAUAAUGUGGUGAAUAAGCAGAGCAUUUCUCCUCCUAUUCCACACCUCCAUGCCCUGUUGACCAGCGGAGACGACCCUCCUGCCCAAGUGGACAUCUUUGACCUCCUCAAAGUGUCCUAUGAGAAGUUCAGCAGCCUGAGGGCCGACGACAUCGAGCAAAUGCGGUUUAAGCAGAGGCUGAAAGUGAUCCAGUCCUUGGAGGACACAGCCAAGAGGAGUGUGGUCCGAGCCAUACCCGGGGACAUUGGUUUCUCAAUUGAAGAGCUGGAGGACCUUUACAUGGUGUUUAAGGCCAAGCACCUGGCGAGCCAGUACUGGGGCAGUGGCCGCCCUGCCGCAGUCCGCCGGGACCCCAGCCUGCCCUACCUGGAGCAGUACAGGAUCGACGCCAGCCAGUUCCGAGACCUCUUCGCCAGCCUGACGCCCUGGGCGUGCGGCUCCCACCUGCCCGUGCUGGCGGGCCGCAUGUUCCGGCUCCUGGACCAAAACAAGGACUCGCUGAUCAACUUCAAGGAGUUCGUGACAGGGAUGAGUGAGAUGUACCACGGGGACCUCACCGAGAAGCUCAAGGUGCUCUACAAGCUGCACCUGCCCCCAGCUCUCAGCCCAGAGGAGGCCGAGUCAGCGCUGGAGGCCACACAUUACUUCACGGAGGACAGCUCCUCAGAGGCAUCUCCUCUGGCCUCAGAUCUGGAUCUUUUCCUGCCCUGGGAGGUUCAAGAAGCACUAUCACAGGAAGAGCAAGAAGGCUGUGCAAAUGAGGACAUCCAAGAAAAAAGAGGAGAGAAGGGGACCAGCCCGCCCGACUACCGCCACUACCUGCGGGUGUGGGCCAAGGAGAAGGAGGCUCAGAAGGAGACGAUUAAGGAUCUGCCUAAAAUGAACCAGGAGCAGUUCAUCGAGCUGUGCAAGACGCUGUACAACAUGUUCAGCGAGGACCCCGCCGAGCAGGAGCUGUACCACGCCAUCGCCACGGUGGCCAGCCUCCUCCUCCGCAUCGGCGAGGUGGGCAAGAGGUUCUCGGGCCCGGCCAGCCGGAAGCCCCCCCGGGAGGGGCCCCGCGGCCAGGGCCUGGCGGGGGCCGGGGCCGGGGCCGGCGCGGAGGACGACGAGGAGCCGCCGCCGCCGCCGCCCGGGCCCCAGCCGGACUCCACGCCCGAGCGGCAGCCGCCCGCCGCGGGGGACCCCCAGGCCAAGGCCGGCGGGGACACCCACGGGGGCAAAGUGGCCCAGGAGAGCCAGCCGGUGGCCGAGCGGGGCCGGGGCGAGGGCCAGGGCUCGCCGUCCCAGCUCCCGUCCGACGACGAAGCCAAAGACGACCUGUCCAUGUCUUCCUACUCGGUGGUCAGCGCGGGCUCCCUGCAGUGCGAGGACCUGGCGGAGGAGGACGCGGGGCCGCCGGGCGGGGAGGCCCGCAGCCCCGCCGCCGCCGCCGCCGCCGCGCCCCGGCCGCGCCCCGGGGGCGCCGUGGACGCCGACUGGUGCAUCUCCUUCGAGCAGAUCCUGGCGUCCGUGCUGACCGAGGCGGCGCUGGUCACCUUCUUUGAGAAGCGGGUGGACCUGGGGCUCAAGAUCAAGGAGCAGAAGACGGUGGAGAGGCAGUUCAGCGCCUCCAGCGACCAGGAGCAGCCCGGGGUCUCCGUGUGAGCUCCGAGCGGUGGGGGCCUCCGGGGCCUGCGGGCCGGAGGCUGCGAGCCCGCCCGGAGCCGAGCCCAGGGCCCCGCGGGGCUGAGAUCCGCCCCGCGCCCCGCGCCCCGCGCCUCCCGGGCGCCGGCCCCAGCCUGAGCCCCGACCCCGGGCACCAGGCGGCAAGAUAACGUGCUUUUCGGGCCUCAGAGUGACAGAACCUUCCAGAUGCUCGGGGGAGCCCGGCGCCUGGGCCUCCUGAGCAAGGAGGGCGGGAAAUGUCGGCUGCAGGCAGGGCCCGCGCACCUGACCCCCAGCCACCCCCCCCCCCCCGUGACGUGGCGUGGCGUGGACGACGCGUCCCUCAGGCCCUCGUCCCCCCCCACACCCGUGUAUUCCCGUCAGUUGGCUAAAAAUCACACCGUGCUCGAUGCCUUAAUAAAUCCCUGAACGAAA